AUGACACGGGGCAAGGGACGCAACCCAGGGGUGGGCAACCUGGACAAGCACAUCAAGCGGACGACACACAAGGAACGCUCACAGCCGGCCUCGCGCAAGCACCUAGGGCAGCUAGAGAAGCACAGGGACCAUGUCGUGCGCUCAAGGCGUCGGAAGGCGAAGGUGCAGAGGCUACUGCAGUUGAAGCGGGCCGCGUCUCAGCGUAACCCGGACGAGUUUCACAUUGGCAUGACAAAAGCCGUCUUAGAUAUCGCCUCGGGAAAAAUGAAACAAAGACAGGCGUCAGAUAAAGGAAAUCAGCAGAAAACGCAAAAAAUGCUGCAGCAGAAUGCACGCAAUGUUCAGUACCUCCAAUACAAGGCACAGGCGGACCUGCACCGCGCCAAGGAACUCCUUAACGAGGAUGCGUCAAUAGCCAUUACCUCCGCACCACCGCAGAACAAGCAUAUUGUCUUUGUAGAGACUGACGAGGAAUUCCGUCGCUUUAACCCGGUCAAGUACUUUGAUGCCACCCCAGAGAUGCUGAAGCAGCACCCCGCCGUCCGCGGGACAAUCUCGAUUCUGCAGAACACCGUCUUGCCAGAGGAGGUGCUGUUAACGGGCCCGCGGAUGCUUUCCUCCGCCCAGCGCCGCCGGGAGCGUCGGGAAAUGCAGGAAAAACUCCGCAAGAGUGGCCUCAAAACCUCGCAAGAGCGUGAAGCUCUGGUGGAGCGACUUCGCGCCAAGAAGGAGCUGAAGAAGUACCGCUUUUCUUCCCUUGUGGAGGAGGCCGCGGCGGCAGGCGGCAGUGGUGACGGCGAUGAGGAGCCACGCGACGACGUGGAACACAUUUUGCAGCAGAGGCGCGCGAAGGAGCAGCAGGAGGCGGCGUUAGCGGCAAGGAACAUGAAGGAGAUUCAGCAACGCGUGGAACGCAGCAAAAGCCUUAACGCCUUGGCCAAAACGCUCAAGCGCCAGAAUGAGGGUCUGCGAAAAAGCCUGCAGCAAAAGCGUGAAUCGCGAUUUAAGCCAACAGCCGCACGUCGCUCCCGCUGA